CUGUGUGGAAUUCGAGCUGAAGUUCUCGAGCUCGGCGCGCGGACAGGCGGAGAGGCUCUCGUGCACAACGAAAUGGAGUAACGGAGAUCCACGGGAAGAGACAGACACACACACACACACACCGGACCCGGGGGAGGGUGCAUCACGGCUCUCUCUCGGUGCAUCCUAAAGCGACGCGUGGACGGAUAACCCCGGAGCGCGAUGUAGCGGAACUAAUGGCGCGUGGAUUCCUUCAGUGUCUGUGAGAACGCAGCAGAAGGCGAGUCGGCGCAGGGGGAUCAGCGGUGCGUCCGUCAUGCUGUGGCCGCUGGUGGCGCACUUCCUGUCGGCUGUCGCGCUGUGCCGCCCCGCUGCAGCGCAGUACUCCAGCGACGAGUGCAGCUGGAGGGGAAGUGGUUUGACCCAUGAAGGUCACGCCCGUGACGUGGAGCAGGUGUACCUGCGCUGCUCCCAAGGUUCUCUCGAGUGGCUUUACCCCACUGGCGCCAUCAUCGUCAACCUGCGGCCCAACAUGGCAUCUCCGGCCGCCGCCCACCUCUCGGUGUGCAUCAAACCGUCCCGCGAAUCCAGUGGCACCCAUGUCUACCUGGAGCGGAUGGGUAAACUCCGCCUACUUCUCCGCGAGGCCCAGCAGGCCGAGGGCAAAGUGCACUGCUUCGGCAUCCAGGAGGGGGCGUUGUUCAUCGAGGCCGUGCCUCAGAGAGACAUCAGCCGGAGGAUCACAGUCUUCCAGUACGAGCUGGUCAACCACCGGCCCGGAGCCGAUCCUCAGUCACUCAUAGCCCCGUGUCAACCCUGCUCUGAAGCGGAGUUGCUCCUGUCCGUCUGCACGAGUGAUUUCGUGGGGCGUGGCAGCAUCCUCGGCGUGCAGGAGGAAGAGGAGGAGGAUCAGACAUCGGUGGGCGUGACUCUCUCACGUGUGUACAGGCAGAAGAGCGAGGUGUUCACGCAGACCGGUGGACGUGUGAAGAUGUGGACAGGGAAGCUCCUAAUGCCGCUGCAGUGCGGAGUGAGACCCGGCCACGGAGACUUCCUCUUCACCGGAACCGUGCGCUUCGGCCAGGCCUGGCUUGCCUGCGCACCCAGAUACGCCGACUUCCUCAGGACAUACCAGGAAGCAGAGGCGCGGGGGACCAACCCCUGUCACGUGGACACGAACUGAGCCUCACAUCACAUCACAAAAAUACACACACAUCAGACUCUUCCCCUGAGAGCGUAAAACAAAAACAAACAAACCCAGAUGUUCUGAUUCAAAAAAUUGAAGCGAUGUAGCACGUGUGUUUAAAUGUGUUUAAAAAAAUGUGAAAACAUUGUAAUGGAAGUCUGUUGCUUUUGUAAAAAGCUUGUUUGUACAGUUCUUAAUUUUUUAUUUUAUUUUUUUUUCACACACAGUUUGUGUCUCAUGACAAAAAACAUUAAAGAAGAAGAAGAAAACAAA